AUGUUCAGCGACUCAGCAACAUUUAUCAUGUCGAGCAUCGCUGUGGGUAUUUGCCACCACGUCUUGGCAUUCGAGGCGCCACUGCACGAACGCAAAGCUCUUCGCGCACUUAAAUGCGCUGUGUAUUCACGUAUAGAUGAUAUUGAACCUAUCAAUACGAAUUGCACGUCUUACGGUAGUGUGGCCAUUGCAGAUGCGGAGGUUUUCCAGUUUUUGUCUUUCCUCCUGUCACCUAUGGGUUAUAUAAUGUAUCCGAAUGAGACGAAGCAGCUUUUGGCGUUAUUAGAAUUACUCGGGAAUGAUCAAGACUUACAGGCUUUGCAUGAUAAGACUGUACAGUCUCUGCACAAGGAUAAAUUGGUGACACUGACUCAAUGGGAAGACACCUUUGCUCGUUACUCAGUCUCAAAGACCGGUGAUAGUCGUCGUCGUCGUCGAGUGUUUGUGCUGAUCACUUACCGUCCAAAAGAGCUCCUGCCACUGUAUAUGGCGUCAGCUAGACGUGCAGUAAAGUUUGUUAAUGCCGUGGUAGCUCUGGUGACGGCCAAUGCCUACGUUUCGACGCUAGGAGGAGGACACUUUUUGUGUCGCCACUUGAGCCAGUCGACGCUAUUGGCCAAGCUGCAGAUCGGUAUUUCUAUGGGACUGAAAGACCCGAUAUUGGAGGGAAAGUGCAGAGUGAAUCUCAUGUAUAAUGCACUGCAGUUGGGUAAGUUUAGACGAGCAAAGAGGAUCUUGAGACAAGAAAAACUUGUUGCGGAGCAGCUGGAUAGUGACGAACUCCGCAGUGUCUGUCAUGCUGCCAGUGUAUACUUUGACAAGAUGGAACGACUACACAAAGAUCAAGUGCUGUUUCAUAGGAAGAACGGACGUCCUGCUACGCUACAUGAUAAUUUUUACCGCCAGAGGAUUGUCCGCAUGACCAAGUGA